AUGGCUCAGCUCAAUGGCACUUUGAUGCCAUUUCUUUACCCAUGUUUGUUGCUCAGCCCAUCUGCCAAUCUGGCCCCCAGGAGUGCAUUAAGGGCCACCAAAAACCUCAAACACUUUCGAUUAUCUUCUAGUCUCCAUACGAGUAAUAGGAUAUCUCCCGACGACCAUUCCUCUCAAUCGAUCGGUAGCGAGACGAACAACCGCCUAAACCCGGCUCCAUCAGACUAUGGCCGAUCGAUAUUUCAAGACCGAUGCUCUCUUACCGUUCACACUGGCUCGGGAGGAUCAGGAUGCGUUGCGUUCCUGCGUCUAAAAUACCUAGAACAUGGCCCUGCGAAUGGUGGUGACGGAGGCACCGGAGGGAACAUACUCAUACAGGCCGUUGAAGGCCAGACAAGUCUACACAAGUUGGCACGAAGAGGCGUGAUAAAAGCUGGUAGAGGCAAAAAUGGAAGAGGUAAAUCACAAGGAGGAGUAAGAGGAGAAGAUGUCUUGUUGCAAGUUCCUGUUGGAACAGUGGUACGCGAGAUCGAAAGAUUCGACCCUGUGGCAGAGAAGGAACGAGAACUGAAGGAGCUCACUCGAGAGCUCGGCAGCAGGACAAAGGCCUUGCAAGCAAUAAACUCACGGAGGGAUCAGUGGGUGUUAUACCCUGGCUCUCAGCCCUCAGAUUACUUUGCAACUGAUUUCCCGGAACUUGGCCCACCGAGAAGGCCCGAUCUUGCAGCUGUACAGCCUGCUGCGCCAAUAUACCUCGAUCUUUCUAGGCACAUGGAUUCACCAAUUAUCCUUGCAGCAGGCGCUGUAGGAGGCCUUGGGAACCCACAUUUCGUGUCAAAGUCGAUUGGGAGACCUAUGUUCGCUACAAAAGGCGAGCAAGGUAUGAGGCUCGAACUCGAGCUAGAACUCAAAUUACUUGCCGAUGUAGGAUUGGUUGGUCUGCCGAACGCUGGCAAGAGUACCUUGUUACGCUCAAUAACAAAUAGCCGGACUCGUGUAGGAAACUGGGCGUUCACGACUUUGUCACCUAAUAUUGGCACUGUUGUACUGGACGACUAUUCCCAACGGAAGGCUAGGCUGGCAACUCCAGGACGGGCCCCGCGCCCACGAUUUACAAUUGCUGAUAUUCCUGGGCUGAUCGAAAAUGCCCAUUUGGACAAAGGCCUUGGGCUGGGGUUUUUACGACAUGUGGAGCGUGCUGGAAUCCUUGCCUUUGUGGUGGACCUCAGCGCAGGAGAUGCAGUGACGGCGCUUAAAGGCUUAUGGAACGAGCUUGGUGCGUAUCAGUCUAUGCGGGACCGUGAGCUAAGCCUAGAUACCCAGUCUCGAUUGUCUCCAUGGACUCCAGUUACGGACAACCUAGACGAGCCACGAGUGAAUGAGUGGAUGGGAGAUGAAGGCCAUGCCAGCUCUCCGCCUCCGCCGGCAAGAGACUCAUCCCUUCAACCUCUUGUGUAUGCCAGCCAUAAUAUCUACUCGAAACCAUGGUUCGUGAUUGGAACCAAGGCCGACCUGCCAGGCACGCAAGAGAAUUUCACAGCUCUGAAGGAUUACCUUGGUCAGGUUGAGAAAGGAAUUAUUGAACAUCCUUCAAAGCAAGAAGAUGCUUGGCGGAAUCGCAUAUUCUCCAUCCCUAUUAGUGCUAUCAAUGCACAGGGAGUGAAUGUCAUUCCCGAGAGGAUUGUACAACUCAUGGACGGCGCAUAUUAA